UGGCCUGGCCUGUCUGUCCGCCUGUAUACAUAUCUCCCCUACCUCGCCCACUGCCGGACGCCCAGCGAUCCAGUGCCCCCCACUCCCCACCACCCGCGCGUGGCCCGGCACGAACACCUCAACCUUUCUUUCCUUCCCUUACCAAGCGCCAAGCUAGCCCCAAGCAGAGCUCUCAACGAGAGGAGAUCGAUCGAUCGAUCUCUCGCUCCGUCCAUUGAUGGACUACUCGAGCUCCAAGGAGCCGUCCUCGGCAAGGGCGUGGUGGACGAGGGAGACGGUGGCCGUGGUGACCGGCGCGAACAGGGGCAUCGGGCUCGCGCUGGCGGCGCGGCUCGGGGAGCACGGCAUCACCGUGGUGCUCACCGCGCGGGACGCCGAGCGAGGGGAGGCCGCCGCCGCGGCGCUCCGUGCCCGGGGCCUCCACGUCGUCUUCCACCGCCUCGACGUCGCCGACCCUGCCUCCGUGCAGGCCUUCGCCGCCUGGCUCCGCGACGCCAUCGGCGGCCUCGACAUCCUGGUGAACAAUGCAGCAGUUUCAUUCAAUGAAAUUGACACUAACUCAGUGGAGCACGCCGAGACGGUCCUUAGAACGAACUUCUAUGGGGCCAAGAUGCUGACUGAAGCACUCCUGCCACUUUUCCGGCGAUCACCAGCCACCAGCCGAAUACUGAAUAUCAGCUCCCAACUUGGACUACUCAAUAAGGUGAGCGACCCGGAGCUGAAGCGGCUGCUCCAGGACGAGGAGAGGCUGACGGAGGCGGAGGUGGAGGGGAUGGCGUCGCGGUUCCUGGCGCAGGUGAAGGACGGGACGUGGCGCGGGCAGGGGUGGCCCAAGGUGUGGACGGACUACUCGGUGUCCAAGCUGGCCCUGAACGCGUACGCGCGGGUGCUGGCGCGGCGGCUGCAGGCGCGCGGCGACCGGGUGAGCGUCAACUGCUUCUGCCCCGGGUUCACGCGGACGGACAUGACCCGCGGCUGGGGGAAGCGCACCGCGGAGGAGGCUGCCGAGAUCGGGGCGCGCCUCGCCCUGCUCCCGCCCGGCGAGCUCCCCACGGGCACCUUCUUCAAGUGGUGCACGCCGCAGCUCUACUCCAAGCUCUGACGGCCGCCGCGCCGCGCGAGCCGCGAGGCAUCCGUGUAGUGCGGUGCGGUUUGUAAUUGUGCGGACAAGCGCCUCGCGCCCUCGCCGUCCUGUGCCGCGCGGUCUCAGCAACGAGCUCAAUUACUGUGUAUACUUAGUAGGUGUGUGACCGUCCAGCUGAAUAUAUGUUCAGAAUCAGAUCCAACAUUAGCAGAGCGAAAUCGGUAGCGCGGCCGCUUUAUUCUAUCCUUACCUAUCUUGUCUGAAUUCUGAAGUUGUGCGUUCCACCGUUAACGUUUAGCGAGAGAAGGAACGAGUUCGUUCUUCUUUUCUC